CCCAGCUUACUCCACCCUUUCUCUCUCCCAUUAGGGUUGAAAUCUCGUUUCUGCAAAAAAAAAUUCUUAUCGUCUUACUCAGAAAACAUCUCCUUCAAUGGACUCUGUGUGAAGUGUGAACAAAACAAACAAACUCGAAGCAACAGAUUUUAGAUACAAAUGGCGAUGUCUCAUCUCUUUCUUUCUCCGCCCCAUCCGUCAGUGGCUCUGCGACUUCACUCUCCUCUUCUAUCGAACCAGUUUACGUUGAGCUACUCGAAGAACAAUAGAGACUGUAAAACCUUUAAGAGUGCAAAUGAAGCUAAAGUAUCAAAGGGAUUCCUCUGUCGCGCCAUUCAUAUGGAAUCUGAACAUUCAGGGGAACCAAAGAGGCUUAGUUUCGAUAAUCUAUUGAGGAAAACGAAAGAAGUCUGGAACAGUUCUCCACAGCCAAUCAAGGAGUUCCCUUGGGAUAAAGCAUUCGAAAACUUCAUACAGCUCGUUCUUGAUCUCACCAUAUCUGUCGUCAAGUUCUUGUUCGUUCCCAUACUGGCCGUUUCUUCAAUCAGCGAGAUGUCGUAUUGUGCACAUGAGAGGAAGCUUGCUCUAGUCCCGUUUCCAUUACUCAUCGGUGUGGUUCUUGGAGGCAUUCUUCAAGGGACCUUUUUAAAGAUCUCUCCUCGUCUUAAGGAAGCUGAUGUACCGUGGCAUUUGAUAGCUAUGAUGAUGGUCUUCACUCUGAUCAAACUUCCUGGACCGUACUAUCCUUAUUGGGGACGUUUGUUCGUUCCACAUUUUGCAAAUGGAGUGUUGGUUAGAUCACUUUGGUCCAUGUUCUUUUGGUUGGCAAGUGGUGACUUGAUUAGUUCUGGGAACCUCGCGGAUUAGUUUCUGAGCAUAGAUAGAAAGUUUUCUUCAUCUUCUUUUUCAUCUCUUCCAAUCUCAGAAAAAGUUGAGGUAAAGGAGUUAGCACCUUUUUAAGGCAUAGGAUUGUUUUGUUCUGUAUUCUCCUAUUGACAAUUUUUAUGUGAAACCACACUGUUCGUUGGGUAUGUUGUAUAUGUAUCUUGAGUUCGAACAACGAGGAGCAAUGAUUCACUUUUGUUUCUGAGCAUACAUAAUUAUUAUUAGAUUAAACCCAAGAAACUAAUCCUGGAUUCUUCA